UCAGUACAAAAAGUGACUGAAAUAGUUAAGUGACUAUAGGUUAAGUUUAUUUUUCAAAAAAUAACUUUUAUAAUAUUGUAAAUUGUAAAUUAUUGACUGGAAUAAUAUUUACUGAAACUAUUGUCACAAUGGAUUCAAAUAAGAGGAAAACCAACUGGUAUAGUAAUAACUAUAAAAAGAGGAGACAAUUUUCAUUCGAACCCGGUAUGAAAGGAUUCCUGUGCACGUGCAAUUUUCGUGAAAAAGACUGCAUUCGAGAUGUUUAUAAAUUAUUGAAUGAAUAUUCUGAUAAGCUUAAUAACAUCGAAAAGUGUCAGAAUGACGAUGUUGUUAAUGAAACAAACUCGCCUGAUGAUGAAGAUAUUUCAACAGCUUUAAGUAAGGAAAUUGAUGAACUUCAAGCUGAUGCAAAGCAAGGGUCGAAAAAAAAGUUUCAAGUAAUAGAAACGGGAGUGAAGAAUGUUCUCUUUAUUCAAACAACAGUUCCCGAUCCAUUAAACUUGGCAAUAAGUAUUAUAAAAGAUGUAUUUGAAACUAAACAGCAACGUUCCAGAUUUCUUUUGAGAUUAGUACCCGUAGAAAUCGUCUGCAAAGCAAAUAUGGAUGAUUUAAGAUCGAAAGCUGAUGUAGUUUUGGAAAAGUACUUUUCCCAGGAGCCAAAGACUUUCAGCAUUGUAUUUAAUCGACACAGCAACAGUAAUAUUCAAAGAAAUGAAGUUAUCGAGGACCUGGCUAGUAUUAUAUCAAACAAGAAUCCAGGAAACAAGGCGGAUUUAAAAAAUCCCGAAAUCGCCGUUAUUGUUGAAGCAAUUCGAGGUUUCUGUCUAAUUUCCGUGGCGCCUAAUUAUAUGUCAUUGAAGAAAUAUAAUUUAUUAGAAAUGUGCAAUCCAACUCCACAGAAAAAUAACGAAAAGAAUUGUGAAAAUACCACCGAAGCUGUGAAUGAUGCAGUUGAUGAGAAGGAUAAUAAUGGGACCGUUGAUGCAGAACCUGAUGUGAUUGAGACGAAAAGUAAUGAUAAAGUUGAUAAAGAAAUGAAGGAUGAAAUUGAGGAAAAAAUUGAUGAUGCAAUUAAUACAAAAGUUGAUGAUAUAAUUGAUGUAAAAAUUGAUGAUACAAUUGAGACAAAAGUGGAUGAUGCAAUUGAGAUAAAAACAAAAGACGCUGAAGGAAAAAUUGAUGAUCAAGUCAAAGGAAAAGUGGACGAUACAGAAAAAAUAUGUCUCAAGAUUUAACUCACUAACUCGUCUCUCACAAGAUUUAACUUAUCAGUAAAAGUAACACAUUAAAAAAUUUAUUAUUACAAAAAUUAAACAUUUAAAUGUUUAAAAAAUAUGGAAAGAACUUUUGUACGCCACUCUUACUUUCAGCGGUAUUUUAUUCUCGCUGUAAAAAAAAUAUUUUUAUUUCUUCAAAGGUAAAAUGCGUAUAUUAAAUUAUUUUCAGAAUUUUUUUCUUAUGCAAAUUAUGUUUAUCGUAAUUUUUUUUUUCAAUUUCAACUUUUCAGUUAUUAAAGUUAUUUGGUUAACUUUUUUCAUAUUUUGGAAAUUUCCCACAACUUUUCAUUACAAAAUAACGUUUCUUUUUGUUCAAUAAAUCGUUUAUGAUUUCUAUACUAAGAAAAAAAUAAUUAUUGUUAAUAAUAAUUGUAAUAAACUAGAUACAAUAUUAGAAAAAAAAUGUUUGAAUUACAACAGUUGUAAAACAAUUUAUACGAUUAAUGCUGAAAAUUGUGUUAAUUCAUUAAAUUUUUUUUCCAUUUAUUGAUGUUUGAUAUUUGAUAAGUUAAGGUUUAUAAAAUAAACUUUAUAUUUUUCUA